AUGCUACCCUACCUAUUCCCAGACCUGUCCUCGUUUACCACUGCUGAGGACCUCAUUUCUCACCUUCGCACUAGUGACACCCGCUUUCGUUCCGCCCUUCCAGCCGAGUUCUGCGCCAAGAACCCCCCCUCCCCCCCCCCUCCGAUGUACUUUACUCUCUAUUUCCUCGUCACCCGCCUCCCUGACACUCCUAGCUCUGUCAUGGACCACUUCCUAGCCUUAUACCCUACCACUCUCACUGUCACUGUCUUCGAGAAGCACCUCCUAGCAGCAGAGAAGAACAUCCUUGUUGUAGCUGCUACUGUCGACCUCCUUGGUGCUGAGAAGGUUGCAGCUGCUUCCGCUCCUAGUGGGAAGCGCAGCGGCUCCAGGGGAGGCAGGGGUGGCGGACGUGGCGGUGGAGGGGACGGUGGUGGAGGCGGCGGGGGAGGUGGAGGUGGUGGGGGUGGUCGUGGGGGUGGAGGUGGUGGUGGGGGCGGUGGUGGUGCCGGGAGCAGUGGCGGUGGCGGCAGCUGUGGUGGCGGAGGGGGGAGUGGUGGUGGCGGCGGUGGUGGGGGCUUGGGUGAGACCAGUGGUGGCCAGGGGCAGCAGCAGCAGCAGCCGCAGUAG